ACUGAAGAGAAGUUUAUAAUAUAUUAACCACAGACAAGGAUUUAUAAAUAGACCCUUUCGAAUGGAAUUUUUAUUAUGCAUUCAUAAGAAUAACAGUUCUUGACAGGUUGAAAAUCAUUAACUAUGUCACAUGCUUUGCAUAUGGUUUUAGUUUCAGUUUGUGUUAUGUCAGUAAGCCCUGAAACUUUUCUUGUAUUGUGAGUCUUCAGGAAGUCUGGAUGGGAAACCUGCAAAUAUGCAAAUCUGUAGGUUUGUUAACAUGAAAAAUCUGUUGCAUGUUUAUUGAGGCCAGUGUUAUGGAUGGUGUUCCUAAACUCACAAAAAUCUGCUGGAUGUUGGCCCUGCAUGGAUUGCCAUGAUGCAGUUGCCCUCAUGGCACGGCCUGCUGCCCUUGGGUAGAGAAAGGACUGAACCUGCUGCUCUGGCACCUCCUGCUUCUCCUUCCUUGGGAUUGCUGCCAGCAGCUUUCAUUUUUCCUCAUAAAUGCAAAGAAAACUGUAAAAUAAUGUUUACAGCUUAGCAGAGGUGGAACUGAAUGAGACAAAGGAUGUAUGUACUUCCUUAUAGCCUUUAUGAUUCACCUGUCUCUGAUCACUGAUCUGUGGAAGGACUAAUCAAAUAGAUCAUAAGAAUCCUUGCUAUAUUAGGCAGUCCACAGAGUUUGGACUGUGAACAAAUUCCAUUCGUGGCAGAUAGUGUGGUUCAGUCAUCUGCACAUAGCUGCUACAGAUGCAGGCUGUGAGACGUCUGUCAGUGAGGUGUAGGAGCAGGCCUUGCUCCUUUCAUGUCUCCUUCACAGGGGAAGCUCGGGCCUGUUUGGCACUUUGUUGCUGCGCUGGGGCAAAUGAGCACAAAAGGUGAAACCAUGAGAUGCAUGCACACAAAGUCAGCCACUCAGGUGGAAAUGGCAUAGUGACGUGUACUCUGAUACACCACUGUGUACUCAGGACACGAGUUCUCUCAGCCUUGUGCUCAGUGAGUCACUUGCAAGUUCAAGUUCUGGGAUGGAGUCACUCUUUUUUUCCCCAUAAGCUGGUUUUUAAAGUGAUUAGAGGAACCAGUAAAGAAGAAUGACUGCACCAAGUGCAAAGACAGUCUGGACUCAUGUUUUAUGGAAUAUGCAUGCACCAAUGAAGUUAGCUUAAUAUUUCAAUUGAGAACAUGGGAAAAUGUGUUAUUUAUUCUGACUUUCCUUCACAUAAUAUGAGGACAGAAUGACAACAGUGACAAUCUAGUGCAUGAUGAAAUUUACCAAAUGGAAUUUUAUUUUUUUAGUUGGUGGCAUAAUAGUUUAUAUAGCUGAUAUUGGAGUGGAUUUCUGGGUUGCUAGUAAAUAUUUCUAUCAGGGACAAUAUUGUUGGGCGAUAUUGAUACUCUGUUUUAGAGGCCUUUCGUCACUAAUAACUCAGAUAUUCAGUUAUAAUUGGUUUAAAAAUGACUGGAAUGGUACUGAUCCUGGGAAGCUGGAUUGGAUUUUUCUAGUUCAUUUCUUUCAAUGUGGGAUUUUUAUAAGAUAUUGGUUUGCCUUGAAGUAUGGAAGCCAAGCUGCAUUUGGACAAGACAUCAGUGGAGAUGUAUCAGAAACAGACCCUCCCAACAUCAUUCAGAAACAAGCUAUUGAUGUACUGACUGAUAUUAACAUGCUCAGGGUAUUCAAGACUUUUCUUGAGACCACACCACAGCUCUUUGUUCAGAUUUAUGUACUCAUGGAACACAACAACCAUAACUUCUAUCAAUAUGCUGCCAUUAUUAUUUCAUUUUGUGGUAUUUCCUUUUCAAUGGUUGAUUAUCAAAUAUCACUACGAAAAUCUCUGCCUGAUAAAGAGGAAUUGCAAGUGCUCUCCAAGUUUGUGUAUCUCUUCUAUAAACUGCUUACCAUCACUUCCUGGGUACUCAGUAUUUCACUGAUGACUCUACUAAGUGUUAGAAGUUCUGUAAUUCUGCUGAUACUUCUUUGGAGCUGCAGCUUUGCCUGGACUUUGAAACAGCACACAGCAUUUUGCACAUCCAAGCGGAUGGAAUAUCUGUACAGAACUGUUGUUGGAAUCAUUCUACUUUUUACCUUUUUUAACAUAAAGGGGAGAAAAACAAAAGCUUGUGUUUCUAUUUAUUAUGCUACUCACACCCUUGUAACUUUAGGUAUUUUGCUUCUAUGUUUGUUUUGGAAACCUUCUGUUAUCAAAGAAGGGCAUCUCACAAUUGUGAGCAUCUUAACUAUUCUCAGUCUGGUGUUAGGUAUUAUUUUUCUUGCUGUUUAUUACAAGUAUUUUCACCCCACUAUUUAUUGCAAACAACAGACAUUUUUCGAUGAAGUUGAUAGAAGGGCAGGAGACAGUAUGGAAGUUGGUAGAUUUCAGAAUUUCAUAAAGCAAUGAGCAGUGUGGGUUUUGGUGUAGACUGCAAAGCAAACACUUGCUGCAGAGUGUGCCUCUCUGUCUUUGUUUCUUACGUAUUUUUACUAAGUAGCACAUAAUAUACUGAAGUUAUUGGCUCUGAAUAACUUUUCCAUGAUGUAAUAUAAAGCACCUUUAUAAUGUAUUUUUUAUGCACUAGUCAGUGUUACUUUUAAAAAGGAAUCCAUGUAUCCAACCGACCCAAUUCACUGUUUUAGCUUUUAUCAGUGCAAAUAAAACAUAGGAAAA